ACGGCUGACCGCACUUUUGUUCAGUCUUCGAUGGUCUUCAGCACCAUUCGGAUGAGUUCUCCACCUCACAGUGCCUUGUAGAAAAAGUUGCUUCUCACAUAAGAUUUGUGAUCUCCGUGCAUAUUUGUUUCUUCACCUCAACAUACAGAAGUGUUGUCUAUGUUGGUUGGUUUUGUGAUCUCAUUUUUGGUGCUACUGUGUCAAGAGAGUGAUUUUAAAUAAAAAAAAAGAACGUACAAAAGGAAACUUUUCUGGUGAUCACCGUGCAUCCACAGGACAGCAACAAAAUGAUGAGCUACAGGGAUUUGCUCGGAUUAAUCUGUGGAAUAUUCUUAACAUAUAUCCAGGUGACACAGGCCCAACAAGGAUACUAUGGCAUCAAGAUUGGGGCACUAUCGCAGCUACAUCAUGGUGUAUCUGGGGAUGUGUACGCUGUGGAUGCGAGGACUAUCUUCCUCAAGAAUUUCAACUACGACGGCGAAGGACCAACUGCUUACUUCUACGUGGGCAACUCGAGGCGCCCUACAAAUCAAGGUGCCUGGCGCCUGAGGGAUGAGCGUGGGAGUACCGGAGUCCUGAGGCGGUACAGAAAUAAGGACAUCACCCUAUCCCUACCCGAAGGGAAGACUCUGCGCGACAUUAAAUGGUUUUCCGUGUGGUGCGAUGAGUUUGCUGUGAAUUUUGGCGAUGUGACCAUCCCGAAGAAUUUGGACUUCCCACGUCCCCAGAAGAUUGGAGCUCUUGCCGGGGUGCAUAGUGUGGGUUCCGAUAACAUUGUCAUUGUGGACGCUCAGACACUCCUUGUACCGAACUUCAAUUACGAUGGCGAAGCGCCAGAUGCCAAAUUCUGGGUGGGUCGAGGACCGAAGCCAUCUCCACAUGGCAUUAGGAUUCCCGAUGAGAAUGGCAAGGAGACACCACUGCGGAAGUACGAGCGAAAGACGAUUGUCCUCACGUUGCCCGGGGAGCUUACAGUGUUCGACAUUAACCACUUUGGGGUGUGGUGUGAGGCCUUCACGGUGGACUUUGGGCAUGUGAGGAUACCCGAGGGUAUUGUGGUGCCACCGUCGCUCAAGAUGCUGGGUGUGAGUCCGCAGUCAAAACUGAAUUGUGAAGUUCUUUUCGAUGAUUUGGCAUUCGAAGUGAGGUGGGCUGUUGCAGGCGAAAGUGUUGUAGUGCAAUUGGUGGCGAAACUUGAUAACAACGAGUACAUGUCUUUCGGUGUGUCUCCCGACCUGAAGAAGACCGUAAUGGUGGGGGCUGAUGUAGCUGUAGCAUGGGUCGAUAAGGUCACCGGCAAGGGGUAUGCAUACGAUUACUUCCUCGAUGACAAAUCUCAAUGUUCCGGACAGAGGGGAAGUUGUCCAGAUUCAAAGAUCAAUGAGAACACCAACUCCAUCAGACUUCUCAAUGCAGCCAUGGUCAAUGGAUAUUCUAUUGUCACCUACCAACGACCUCUGAAGGCAUCUGAUUCUCUUGAUUUGCCUAUUUACACCAAUGGUUCGCAAGCUAUUGUAUGGGCCAUAGGGCCACUAAAUCAACGAUAUGAAGUCUCCUUCCACAGUCAGUACACCAAGGGUAAUCGUUUGAUUGAUUUUGGUCGUCAACCCAUCUGGAAUUGCCCAACUCCGGAUUCGGAUAAAACGGACGAAGAGGAAUCCGUUGAGGAGGAAUACUACGAUAGACGCCCAAGUCGUCGUCCGGAGCAUCAACCCAUUGUGCAGGAACAUCAACCGAAUCGUCGACAAGAAAUUAUAGAAGCACCAAGACCUGUACCAACGCCACGACCGGCUAAUAAGAAUGGUGCUUGGGACAUUCCACCAAUUCAGUGCUAUGAACCUGAAGAUGGGGUAUUUUAUGCUCAAAUGGGACCAACAGGUGGUAAGCAGGGAUACCCAGCUAUCACAGGACACGUUGGAUGGGGCAUUUCGUGGUACAUCAAUGGACUCCUAAUUCCGGAGAUUAAUGUUGUUCGCGGAAAAACCUACACAUUUGUCGUUGAAGGUGGUUUUGAUCCUGAAAUUCCCGCUAAAUACCAUCCAUUCUACAUAACAGAUGAUCCCGUUGGUGGCUAUGAGUACAAGACACCUGAAGAGAAAGCUAACGUGAGAAUCUUUGCGGGUGUACAUCGCUCACGGAAUGGCGCAAUAGCUCCCAUUGGGGUUGGAAGACUCUGCAAUUGGACACCAGACAUUGAUGGACCUGGUGCUGAUGAGUAUUCUUCCUUUGGAGCUUACCAGCGUAGUUUAACACUAAAAUGCGAUGAAGGAGAACCUGGAAUCAUCACAUGGACUCCCGAUCAGAAUACCCCAGAUACCGUUUACUACCAAUGUUUCACCCAUCGCUACCUAGGGUGGAAGAUUAACGUGCUAGACACGUGCGAAGAGGCCCAUCCAACUAAUAUUGAUGAAGUUUACGCAAGCCCAGAAUCAAGCGAAGGGCUCGAUGCUGAACCAUCAAUCAGGCAUGAAACGAAACUCAGGCCAACGGACAACUUCCUUCUGCAGCAUGAAUCAAAUUUAAUCAAGAAUCACAACAUGAAUGGUUCUCCACCAAAAAUUCAAUUUGAUCUUCAAGGCGGUAGUGACAUCACAAAGCUCAUAUCUGAUGGUAUUCGUGCUGCUGAAUUGCUUGAAGAGGAAAUUGCAAAGCCAAAUAGAACAACUACAACCACAGGGCCACCACCAAGCCCCGAAUCAAUGAAUCAAGGGGAAGAAAUCCCUAAGCAGAAGCCAAAACAGCCUGAAAUUAAAAUUCCUUCGCAACAUUUCAUUCAACCGAGUCAAGGACCGGGACUCCCUGUAUUCCUACGUCCCCCACAGAGUGGACAAUUUUUCAGACCAGCCAAAGUUCCAAUGAGAAGGAAUCCUUCUUAUACAUUCGAAAGAAGGCCCAUUGUUAGGCCAUACAGACCAUAUGUUGUUCCCCAACCCUCCAUGCUAAUUAGCCACUACCAAAAACCAAUUGCACCUGCAUUUCUGAGACCAUUCUUGAAAGUUAAACCAGUUCCUAUUAAACCCCUGGCAACAGUUUUGCUCCUUGGAGAACCGACUGAGAUUAAGCCAUUGCGUCAAACACCUGAGAAAAAACUCUCAUCACUUCCCAUGAGAAUUCCCUAUUUGGACAGCAAUCCUAUAAGUAUAAAGAAAAGUGACUACCCAAUGGCUAAACCCAUGACAACAGGUAAACUUCCACCAGCAGUUGCGGCUAGUAUUAAAGAACCAAUUCUUGCUGAAAAGAAAUAUCCAUCUGUAAAGUACUCCGUUGCAAUUGACUCCAAGGAGCUCCAGUCGACGUAUAAACCUGCAACAAAUACGGGAUUUCAGCCUGAGAAAGUUGUCGUUGAGGGAGGUUUUAAGCCAAUUUUGAAGAGAAGAAAAGACGAAGAAUCCGUUGAAGAAAUUGAAGAGAGGCAACCCUUGAGACGAGUUGAUGUUAUAGCGGAAAUUGAUGAGGCUAUCGAGGGGGAUGCAUUGUUCAUAAAUCAGGAUCAAAAGAAGGACCAAGCCUUUGAACCGAUGUUCAUUCCAUCUCCGCCUGAUAGUGUGGAUGACGUAGCGCAGGAUACUUCAUCGUCAGCUUCAUCAGCAACACCAAAACCAACGGAAGAUCUCAAUGAUUUAGCUGAUUUGGCUGAUAUGGAAUUUGAAGAGGGUGAAGAUAAAAUGGCCGUAGCUGCUGAACGAUUUGAUACCUACUACCUUCCUCCGGAUAAUAAGAAGCAUCGUCCACAGCAAAAAUAUCCCGAAGGUGCUGUUGUGACUUUUGAUGGGAAAGCCGUUUUGGAUACAUCGCUUAUUAAUUCAGCUCCAACAAAUGAAGUUAAACAGCCCUUCUACUCGGCUGGUUUGUCAAAGACGGAACAAUUGCUCAAUACUCCACAAUUCGGACCUUUUCGCGGAGAGAUUCCACUUCAGUUCAAAUCCAGUGAACCACAUGGCCAAGCUCCUGUAACAGAAUACUCAAAUCCUCUGACAAAUAGUGCUGCACCCAUUUCGACGAAACUCACCCUCCUACGGGUAGAUGAUCCACAGAUCAGCGAUGAAAAUGGUGGUUGAAGAUGCAGUAAGAAGAUGCUUUACAACUCCUCUCUUCUUCGUUUUUUUCUUAAACCUUUCUUUUAGUUAGUUGAAAAUUCCUCUGCGAUAGCACACAUACUGCCAGGAGCCCUCUAUAAAAGCAUUUUUCCUACAGAUUAAUUUUACUUCUUUCCUUGAGAUUAUCACUGUAUGUCCCUAACUACUGGGGGUUGUUCCAUCAUUUUUUUUUUAACUCGAGAUGGCAAUUUUUAUGAAAGAAUGUUCUGUAAAAAAUUUGUACAAUGUACAAUUUAAAAUAAAGGUGUUGAUGAAAAAAUUUUUUUUGAAUUUAGAAGUAUAAAGACGUAUAAAAAUCUAUAUAAUAUAAGUAUAAAAAUCUUUAGAAAGAUUUUCAAAAAGAAAUUCAUUCUGAAAACAGAAAUUUCAUUCCAUUUUUUUUAAUUGAUGUAAAGUGGAUGCAGAAAGUGAAAAUUAAUUUGACAAAAAUACCCUCAAUUAUUAAUGCCUGAGGAAGGAGAAAUAAAGCUCCGAAACGUCGCAGAAAUAAUAAAAGAGUAUUUUCUAAAGGUCAGUUCCCGCGUUUUGACUUUUUUUUUUAAAUUAUUUUAAAAAUCUCUUAGGAAUAAAUUGAAACGACUUUGGAGUAAUAUUUCGACCAUGAAGUGUAAAAGCUCAAAGCUCAAAACUUCAUCGUAUAAUCGGCCUAUUUGUUUCAAAGCUCAGCAUGGUGGCGUACAGACUUUCAACCAAGACACAAGAGAAAAGAAAGAAAACUAAAAA